AUGUCGACGCACAACCGCGGACGCUCUACAGAGCCUUCGCAGCCCAGGUCCCAGAUCGAGCGGGUACUCUCUAUUCGUCGAUCGACGGACGAAUCUAGCGGUGCAGAUGUUUUCAUCAACAAAGAAUCCCUCGAGUGUCCGCCAUGGGCUCGUGGGGCUUAUGGCGGACAGAUUAUUGCUCAGUCAUUGUUAGCCGCCUACGAGACUGUGCCCCCCGAUUUUGUCGUGCACAGCAUCUAUUGCCAUUUCCUGAAUGCCGCAAAUGUUGACCUGCCCAUUACCUACCACGUGGAGAGAGUGCGCGAUGGGAAAAGCUUCGCCACUCGAGUUGUCCACGUGAGACAGCAUCAGAGACUCAUCGUCUCGGCAACAGCCAGUUUUACCCAGGACAGCAAAAGAGCGAAGGUACUCCAGCACGCAGUUCCGAUACCGAGCGAUGAGAGUCCGCCAGGCGACAAUCUUGAAGCCAUCACACAGUCCGCCGCAGGCCAGGCGGGCGAAGGCCGACCAUGUGACUGUGUGCGCUCUCGCGUGGAAAACAAAGGUCUGCCACAUGUGCGAAGGCUUCGGCAAUGGAUCAGAGCUCGCGGCCGGAUUGGGGAGACAUCACUUGAUGCAUAUGGCAGCCCGGAUGAGUCAAGCUCGACAGGCAGGGGAACUGGCCCAAUCUCACAGGACGGACACCGGGCGCACGUUGCGACAUUGGCCUACAUGACCGACAACUACUUCAUCGGCACCGUCUUUCGCGUCCACAAUGCUUCUCGCUUCUCCAAUCCGCUGUCACCACACCCCAUGCUGUCCAGGUCCAAAAAAGACGGAGCGGACGCAGGGACUGUGCAGGAGUAUUUCGACAGGCUGGCCCAAGAGGAGAGCAAUGACAACAGAGACGCGCCCCAGAAUGACAAACACGUCGACAUGAUGGUGACUCUGGACCACACCAUCUUCUUCCACGAACCACGGCACUUUCGCGCUGACGAGUGGUUGCUGGCCGAGAUGGAGAGCCCGUGGGCAGGCAAUGAAAGAGGUCUCGUGGUGGAACGGAUCUGGGGCCACGAAGGCACUCUGGUUGCUACUUGCAUUCAAGAAGGCGUGGUAAGAUUAUCGCAACAUCGGAGCGACAGUAAAUUAUAG